AUGCCUCACAAAGUCAAUGAGUCCAAUUCCACCCUGGCCAGCUCCGGCAGUAGCGGUGACCGCGUCGUCGUCUCCGACAUGCGAGGGGCCAAUCCCGUCCCACGGAGAACGCAGCCCCCGGUGGUCGUCCACAACCAGGGGGGCCAAAUCUACGACGAAACGAGGCCUUCUGAUUGGGACAAACAGCGGUGGAAGUGA